GAAGAAGAAGAAGAAGAAGAAGAAGAGAAGAAGGUUUCGGCCCUUUAAGAGUAAGCUCACGUCGGCCGGAAGCUGCUGCAGGAGAGCAGAAGAGCAACAGUGUGGACGAGUUUGAGACGCGCAGGAGAGACUGGCACUCACUCACACUCUCUCUCUCUCUCUCUCUCUCUCUCUCUCUCACACUCUCUAACACACACACACACACACACACUGAGAGGCUUCCACUGCUCUUCACAAGCUAGUUAGAGAAAGCAGCGUUUCUUUUCUUUUCUAGAGGACAUCACACGACCUGCGUCCUGUUUUGUUUUUAUUAAACUCGUAUGAAGUUGUGACGUCAGGAGCCAAAACGCGCCGCUUUGCUUAAGAGACUGAAUUUCCACAAACACACGCCGCUGGAGCUCGUCUACAUUCCGGCAGUUUUGAUAGCACUUCAGAGGAUAGACACUUGAUGAAGCAUCACUGGGGAGGCCAUCACCAAAGUUGCCAGACCCAAGCUUCAGCAAAGGGCUUUUAGUUUUCAGAAACAGUUCCCAUCUGAGGAUAAAGACGACGUUUCCCAGACCACAAAGGCUGUCGAUGUCAGUCAUAUUGUCUCUCUACCCAAAGUCUCGGAGUUAAGGAAACGUUUUGAGCACAUCAGUAAUAGUCAAAGUGACUGCUGGGACAUGAACAGGAAAGAACGAAUUGCACGGCGGCUGGAAGGAAUUGACAGCGACCUUCAGUUCUCACUUCCAAGUGCUGGUCUGGUGACCAAUCGGUUAUUGGAAGAGGACACUCCCAGAUACACUCGUGCCACUGACUUGUGUGAUCCAUGCACAGUUCCUGUUCAGCACUUUAGCAAAGAUGAGUCUGGUUUGUCAGAUCCUCACAGCUCCGAGAGUGUGCACAUGAGCCGUAUGGAGACGCACACGGCCCAACCUGAGCCUGCCUAUAACCCCGGUUCUGUUGUAACUGCUGAGGAGGAGUCUAAAGCUGAGCGCAUCGCCCGUUACAAGGCCGAACGCAGACGCCAGCUCUGUGAGCGCUACCGCAUCUUGCUGGAUGAAGAGGCAGACACGGACCAUGCCAGCCAGUACUCCAGAAUGCGACGGGACCCUGAGGGUUCAGAGCGCCAGUACAAGGGGCAGGUGGAGGGAAGAUAUGAGGUCGAGCAUAAUGCCAACACCUCCAACGUUUGCGCAGGUAAAACCACUGCUCAGGCCAAUGUGGAGCAGGAGUACAGCAGGGAGAAGGCUGAGGUAUUCUCUGAACAAGAGAGGAGGAUGAAUCUGGAAAACCAGAAAAGGGCACAUGACCAAGGAAGAAUGCAUGGAGAAGGAGUAGCUCCAGACCACUCUGCCCCUUACAUAGACACUUCAAGGGAGACCAGAGCCUCAACAGAACAGGGAGUGACUGCAAAGCAAGUGGCUUCUCCUGGGGAUUUAUCUAAUGAACAGCAGGCCCACAGCAUCCUGCACAAGCAAGGUAGCUCCUAUAGUCAAUGGUCACUCCAGACUGAUUCAGAAGGAGACACAAUUUCCCCAAUCAACUGGCCCUCCAGAAUCAGAGUCAGGGAGAGACUGGCUCGCGAUGAGCCCUCACACCAGAAUGCAGAGCUCGGUUCAGCAUCAGAAUUCCCAGUGUACCACAGUCAUACACAGAUUUCCACUACCCACCAGGAACAUCCAAAAUCCCACUUCCCAUACCGUCCAUCCCAGCUGCACCAUUCCCGUGCUGGGCAAGCUGAGCACCAGGACCCUGGAUGCCAUGGCUACCUCUCCAUUGGCACGGAGCCUUCUUGCCCCCAGGUUUGGCAAGAAGCUAAAGUGCGAGUGGAUGAAACAGGUAGUCAGGCAAUGGCAGAGGGGCUUCUGAGGACCAGGAAAUCAGUUUUGCCCUCUGAGGUCAGACGGCGAGAGAGAAGUGUUGAUGAUGUCCACCGUGGAAGAUUUAAUGAUGCAGAUCUGAGCCAACACCACCACCAGGGACGUACUGCACCAAACAGAGAGGAAAUUCAGGUAGGAGAGCCCAGAGGAAGGCAGGGACGGUGGUCACGGAGGGAGGAGCAUACUGAACAUUUAUCUCGACUUCAAGCAACUGAAGAAAUGUAUGCGAGAGCCAAGCAGGCCCAGGAGAGGGCACCCAAUGGCUGGUAUAACCAACAUGGAACCAGCCAUCUACAAUCAAGCAUUCAAGGUUCUACUCCAACAUCAAGUGGUAGAUGGGCUCCAGAUCCAACCAAACAAAUGAAUCGAUACUUUUCAGACUCAGGGAAACCUAAAAGCACUCUUGCCCCUGCCAGCCAGGAAGCCAUCCACAGCAGAGAGGUUGUCCCUCAGGAGACCAGGGCCACAAGAGACCACUCUCCAGUGGACAUGAGAGUUUCUGUAGCCCAAUUACGCCACUCCUACCUCAAGAGUGCAACAAGUGCCCAAAAACCUGAACAGGCAGAGCGCUUUCCUGUGUCUACUGAGGUGCCCUGGAGAAGUGAGCGAGGUGGCGGCAGAGCUUCCUGUCGCCCUCGGCGAUACAUAUCGCCCAGUGAGCGAGAGACUAGAAAGACUUCUGAGAGGUUUAGAACUCAGCCGGUUACCUUAGCUGAGUGGCAGGAGUCUGAUAGGUCUUGCCCAAUCCCAGAACCACAAAUCACUGAAGCAGAUGAGGAGAAGUUGGAUGAGAGAGCAAAGAUGAGUGUUGCUGCCAAACGCUCUCUCUUCAGGGAGUUGGAGAAAAGUGUGGAGAGUGCAGCUUUGAAGGCACAAAACCAAAAUGCUGCUUUAGCACGUAGAUUGAGAAGAGGUCAGGACCGCUACCGUACCCAGCCGAUCACAUCAGAGGAAGUCGUCAUUGCUGCCACUUCCCCUGGUCCCUUGUCACAGACUGUGUCUGUUCAGUCUUCAGUAACACGUGUUCCUAGUCCCACUGUAGUCAGCAGCACAGUCACCCAACACAGCUCUAUGGUGAGGGAGCAGGCACGAGAGGCUCAAUUGCUGCAGGAAACAGCAGAGGAGGAAAAGGCUCGUCACAUUGAAGAAAGCCAGGAGGAGCCUGACCUGUCCACUCUCAGCCUGGCAGAGAAAAUGGCCAUCUUCAACAAACUCACACAGCAGUCCAGUGCCAACCCCAUCCGCCAUAGAGACACACGGACACGGCGCAGUCAUGCCCGCUACCAGACCCAGCCUAUCAUACCCGGAGAGGUGGCGCAGGAUGGCUCAGACUCUGAUCUUUAUGAGGAGGAGAUGCGGCACUCAGAUGGACUGAGUGAUCUGGACCAUGUUGGAGGUGGCUCUCAUAUUACCCCCUCCUCCUCCGCUAUAAAAUCUACCACGGUUUCUACGGUCCAUGCAGGUGACCUCCAUCUGGCCCAACCCAGUGUGUCCAACCGCUAUGAUGAACGAGAUGCGCCACCUUGGCACCAAUCGCAACCUCUUUCAGCACUCCAGAGCCACAAUGGUCCCUCUGAGCUGCCUGGAGCUGAGAGAGAGGAGUCCAGCCUGGGUGUUGGCGUGAGGAAACUGCCCUCUCUGGAGAGAGUGAAGCAGCCAAAAGGAGAGGUAGCGACGUCGUGUGACCUCCAGGAGACUGAUGGAAAUCAGAGGUCAAGAUCAGCUGUGGCAGGUCUUCCUAAGCAGGCUGUUUCAGCGAGAGCUGCAGCAGCGCUGACUGCAUCUCAGCGUUUGAACGGGAGCGCGUCUCUCCUGCAGCACACACACGCUCAGCAGCUGCUGGACUCCAGCAGAGAGGUUGUCUCAGAGGACAGGGACAGGACCAGAGAGACAGAACAAGACACUGAAGAGGCAGAAGAGAUUUCAGACAUCAUGUCGGCGAGGCAGAUGUCCAUCAAAGAGAGGCUGGCUCUGCUGAGGAAGAGCGGUGAGGAAGACUGGAGGAACAGGAUCAAUAAGAAGCAGGAUGUUGUCAAAGUGGCCAUUUCAGAGAAACAUGCUCAGCUGUGGGAGGUGGAGCAGACCUUUAAGAAGAAGGACAAUGGAAUGAUAGACGAGUUUGCAGUCUCUGAUCAGCUCUGGGAGCCUGUCUUUUCUUCCACUUUUUCCUCUGUGCCUCUGAGUGCCUCUGAGUCUCUGGAUCCCAUCGAACCCCUUUCCCAGACGCAACCCUUGCUUAUGCAGGCAGAUGAACGUCACCCCUGGAGACGCAAGAGGAUAGGGGAUGAGGUAGUGGAGAGCCAGCAACUCGAGCGUAUAGAGAUGUCCAUCCAAGAACGGAAGCAGCUCAUCACAGCUCAGGAGGAUGCCUGGAAGGUCAAAGGUCGUGGAGCUUUCAAUGACUCCACGCAGUUUACCGUGGCUGGUCGUAUGGUCAAGAAAGGUCUUGCAGCCCCCAUGGUGCUUACAAAUCCAGGAUUUACUCCUACAUCACCCAAAAACAAGAACGCCAUCUCCAAACCUCUGGAAGAGAUUGAGGUCAGAGACGAUAUAAAGCUUGAGUCAGACAAGAAGCUGGAGAAGCUGGAGUCCUUCUUGGGUCGGCUAAACAGUAAAGUGGCCGGGUUUCCAGAGUCCACAAUUACAGUAACGAAGAAGACGGUUAAAGAGGUCAUGACUCUGGAUGACGAGUGUUUUGAUAAGUUCUACAGGCACACUGAUGUACUUGCCAAUAUCACAAGUAAAGUGGAGAUCGACGAUGACUUUGAUGCCAUCUUUGGAACUCAGAUGCCAAAGCUGACCUCAGAGAUGGUGCAGCACAAACGUGCAGUGCGUCCAUCCCGAAACGUGCAGUCCUCCAGGAACCCUCUGAAGCUGCUGGCUGCACGAGAGGACAUCAGACAUGAGUACACCGAGCAGAGACUUAAUAUUGGUGUGCUAGAGAGCAAGAGAAUCACGCAAGAGAAGAUGUGUAAGAACAGUGGGUUCUCUGCCAUGGCUCUGGCAGGCUUAGCGAGUAAGGAGAACUUCAGUAGUGUGAGUCUGCGGAGUCUGAAGGUCUCAGAGCAGAGCUCCCACAACAGUGCCAUGCCUUACAAGGCCACCAUGCUCAUGCAGGUCAAAGGCCGACGGCAUGUCCAGACGAGGCUAGUUGAGCCUAGAGCUUCAUCUCUGAACAGUGGCGAUUGUUUCCUCCUGGUUACACCCCAGUACUGCUUUAUCUGGAUAGGAGAGUUUGCAAAUGUCAUUGAGAAGGCCAAGGCUGCGGAGCUGGCCACAUUCAUCCAGACCAAGCAUGACCUUGGAUGCAGAGCCACUUAUGUUCACACCAUAGAGGAGGGUAUCAAUACCCACAGCCACGCAUCCAAGGAGUUCUGGAAGAUUCUGGGAGGGCAGACCAGCUACCAAGCUGCAGGAACUCCAGAGGAGGAUGAGUUUUAUGAGACUGCCAUAGUGGAGACAAACUGUGUCUACAGGCUGCAUGAGGACAAGCUGGUGCCUGAUGAUGAUUUCUGGGGCAGAGUACCACGCUGCACCAUGCUCAGCCCUGCAGAGGUCCUGGUGUUUGAUUUUGGCAGUGAGGUGUAUGUGUGGCAUGGUAAAGAGGUGACAUUGGCACAAAGAAAAGUGGCGUUUCAGCUGGCAAAGCACCUCUGGAAUGGAACAUUUGAUUACACAACCUGCGAUAUCAACCCACUAGAUCCAGGAGAGUGCAACCCACUUAUCCCCAGGAAAGGGCAAGGCCGGCCAGACUGGGCUGUAUUUGGCAGGAUGACCCAGCACAAUGAGACUACGCUGUUUAAGGAAAAGUUUCUAGACUGGAGUGACUCCAAGAAGGCGUCAACGAGGAAUGAUAACAUACAAGCUAGUGAAAAUAAGGAGGUGCAGAGUGGUGAAUGCCGCUCGUAUGAUGUGUCUCUGAUGUUGCCGUUGUCCAAUGCCCCCAUUCGGACCGUUCUGGACGGCGUGGAUGUGGGCCGAGGUUAUGGAAUGGUGGAGGGAGAUGACCGGAGAAACUUUGAGAUCAGCACUCUGUCUGUGGAUGUGUGGCAUAUCCUGGAGUUUGACUACAGUCGGCUCCCUAAGCAGAGCAUUGGGCAGUUCCAUGAGGGAGACACGUAUGUAGUUAAAUGGAAGUACAUGGUCAGUGCAGCAGUUGGGAAAAGGCUGAAUUCUGAGCGGAUAGUUGGCCCGGGUAAGGAGAGGUGUGCGUACUUCUUCUGGCAGGGUCGUAACGCCACUGUUAGUGAGAAAGGGACAUCAGCUCUCAUGACUGUGGAGUUGGAUGAGGAGAGAGGAGCACAGAUCCAGGUGCAGCAGGGGAAGGAACCCCCCUGUUUCCUACAGUGUUUUAAUGGAGGCAUGAUGAUUCAUGCAGGAAAGAGAGAAGAGGAAGAAGAGAAUACACAGAAUGACUGGAGGUUGUACUGUGUGAGAGGAGAAAAGCCAGUAGAGGGCCACCUGCUGGAGGUGGUGUGUCACUGCAGCAGCCUGCGUUCUCGCUCCUCCAUGAUUCUGCUCAACAUCCCCAAAGCCAGCAUGUACCUGUGGCACGGCUGCAAGGCCCAAGCACACACGCAGGACGUGGGCCGCACCGCUGCUAACAAGAUCAAAGAGCAGUGUCCUCUAGAGGCAGGACUUCACAGCAGUAGCAAAGUGACCAUCCACGAGUGUGAGGAAGGCACUGAACCGGUAGGAUUCUGGGAAGCUCUCGGGAGACGCGACCGCAAGGCAUAUGACUGUAUGAUUCAGGAUUUGGGGAAGUUUAACUUUACGCCACGGUUAUACCACUUAAGCAGUACAUCAGGGGAGUUUGUUGCCGUGGAGUUGAUCUGUCCAUCCAGAGAACCGAACUUGGUCAACUCGAUGCCUUUCCAUCAGGAAGAUCUGUAUAGCGUCACUCAGCCAGCUCUGUUUUUGGUAGAUAAUUAUCAUGAGGUGUACCUGUGGCAGGGCUGGUGGUCUCAGGAUAGUGAGAACACAGGCUCCGCCCGCAUCCGAUGGGACUUAGACAGGAAGUGUGCCAUGGAAACUGUGCUCCAGUACUGCAGAGAGAAGAACGAAAAGAAGCCUCCAAAGGCCUACCUGAUUCAUGCAGGACUGGAGCCACUUACAUUUACUAACAUGUUCCCCUGCUGGGAGCACAGAGAAGACAUCGCUGAGAUCACCGAGAAGGAAGCGGAAGUAUGUCAUCAGAUCAUUCUAGUGGAAGAUGUUUUGGCCAGACUCUGUAAGACCACCUAUCCACUGGCUGAUCUCAUGGCCCGGCCGUUACCAGAAGGUGUCGACCCUCUGCACCUCGAGCUCUACCUGUCAGACGAAGACUUCGAGGGUGUAGGGGCCUAUGGGAAGAAAGCACUGGAGAUGACCAGGAUGGAGUAUGAAGCUUUGCCAGGAUGGAAGCAGGUGAAUUUGAAGAAAGACAAAGGAUUGUUCUAGUGGGUUUAGGAGUAUGACGAUGUGCAGAUGGAGUGAUGAUCACUGUUGCGGCGUUGAAAGAGAUGGAACAUGCAUGUGGUGCAGCUUAUACUCCCUUUUUUGGCUGAACUUUAUAAAUGUACACAUGAGAAUGUGCUGGUGUGAGUGCACUGCAGAGAGAUAUAAAAAGAAAAGAAAGGAGCGGUGGAUAUGCACAGAGAUCAGCAGAGGUUUACCAGCCUCUUGGCGUAUCUCUCUUUCUGUUCCUUUUUUUUCAGCUUAUUAAAUUGUAAAAAAAAAAAAAACUAAAAAAAACCUGUAAAUUACUGUAAUGUUUCUUUGAUUUGAGGUUUAGUGUUUUCCAGCUUUUUUUUUUGUUCAUUCCAUUACAUGUUCAUGUAGCAGAAGUCAAGCUGCCCAUACAGUUUCCUGUAAACUAAAAUAAAAGACCUACGAUCGUUUGAUUAACUUAACGGCCACAUCACACCUGCAGACUGUUUUUGCUUUAAAGUGCUCGCCAUUAUUUUACUUGUGUAAACACAUUACAUGGAUUUAGUUGCAGUAAAUGUACAGUAGAGUAUGAAUUUUUACAGAUAUAAUAAUGUACUAAUAAUCCUGUCCUGUGUCACUCACAGCCUGGUGUACAUGCCAUCACAAAUUUCCCUGUUGUCAUACAGGUUCUGAAAGGUGUGGGUGUGACUGAGUAAUGUGUGAGUGUUGAUCACAUGAAGUUAAUUAAAUAUUGUUGAACUGGAGGUGAAUUAAAUCUCCUUGCUCAGA